AUGUUGCUAAUGACCUAUGUAUUCUUAUGGCAUCACCAGGUGUUCAAUUGGCUGAAUCGGAAGAUGCAUUCCAAUGCGGAGUACUGCACCAUUGAUGAUAAUAAGGCCAUGGAGAAGGAAGACUCUGUGCACGGGAGUGUGGCUGAGCAAGACACUGAAGCCCUGCUGCUCCGUGAUGUGCUUCUUAAUGGCAUACUUGCGAUUGGCACGCUUGGCCACAACGUGAACUCCCUUUGCCCUGAGGCCCGCCAUGAACAAGAUGAGUUCAUCGUCAUGGAUGAAGAAAAGGUGGACCAAGAAAAGUGCGAAGAGGAAAAGUGUGAGGACAAAGAAGAGGCAUUCGCUACAGCACCAAGUGCACCAGAACCUGCUACCGAACCUGCCAAGAUGCAUUCAUCGUCGAUGAAAGAAUACAACUUCACGUGUUCUGUAAAGGAAGAAAUCCUGAUGUGUGAAGUUGAAGUGGAGGAUGUCGCUAAAAUCCAGGAACAACCACUUCUGAUGGUAGAGAAGGUGGAAAAAGUGAGAACUACACUUGCUGAUCUAUUUGCAGCCGAAGCAUUCUCACCAAGCGAUACAGGGAAGGAGAGUCACCAGAAGACUGUCAUUAUUGCUGGGGCAUCCACUUCAAAACCUACAUUGUGCAUGGAAAAGACACAUAAAAAGAAGCCAAUAAAGCCAAUGCCAGAUCCUCUGAAGGCUACGAGAAAAUUAAGUCGAGUCGUGAAGAAGAUGCUGGGGAAGAAGAUCCACCCAGAGCAGCUCAGUGGACGUUGUAAUGCAGAGGAACCUCCUCUGCUUGGUGCGUAG